CCCUCACGCCUUACGGUCCCCUCCGGUCCCCUCUCACCGCGUCGCGCCUUUAGGCGGGCCCAGUCCCGUUUGUGUCCAUGUCCACUUACGCUGUCGCAGUCGCCGGGUGGACUCCAACCAGAGCAGACACGGCAGACACACCCUCGCUAAGAUGGGAGACCGAAAGGCCGUGACCGCAAGCUCAGGUGGCUUCGACGCCGUGGUAGAGCACAUCCUCAUCCACUACCGCUGGGUGUUCGUGAUCGUGCUGCUUCCUUUAUCGCUCCUGUACGACGUACUGCUUUACGUUCGUAGCUGGGUCGUGUUCCAGCUCAGCUCCGCGCCCAGUAAGCACGCAAGCAAGGUCGAGAACGUCGCAAAGCAGGUGAGGCAGUGGAGCGCGGAGGGGGCGAGGACACCCAUGUGCACUGCCCGCCCUUCGUGGCAGACCAUGUCUUUCCGACAUGCCAAGUACAAGAAGACAAUGUUCACCGUCAACGUGAACCUCGUCGACAUCCUGGACCUCAGCGCGGAGCGGAGGACGGUGCGCGUCGAGCCGCUCGUCACCAUGGGGCAGCUGACGGCCACGCUCGACCCGCUGGGCUGGACGCUGCCCUUCGUGCCCGAGCUGGACGACCUGACCGUGGGCGGGCUGGUGAUGGGCACGGGCGUGGAGACGAGCUCCCACAAGCACGGCCUGUUCCAGCACAUCUGCGUGGCGUACGAGCUGGUCCUCGCCGACGGCAGCGUCGUCCAAGUCACGAAGGACAGUGAUCCCGACCUGUUCUACUCGGUGCCGUGGUCCUACGGCACCCUGGGGCUGCUGACGGCGGUCGAGAUAAGGAUCGUCCCCGCGCUAAGGUUCGUCAAGAUGCAGUACGAGCCCGUGCGCUCCCUCGAGGAGGCCGACACCGUCCUGCGCCGGCAGCUCGACCUCCCUGAGGAAAAUGAGUUCGUCGAGGCGCUCAUGUUCUCCAAGGACGAGGGCGUCGUGAUGACGGGCCAAAUGGUCUCCUGCGUGGACUGGGGCAAGCUGAAUGAGAUCGGCCGCUGGCACAAGCCCUGGUUCUUCGAGCACGUCAGGACGUUCCUCCGGUCGGGCCCCGGCGUCGAGUACAUCCCCCUGCGCGACUACCAGCACCGGCACUCGCGCUCCCUCUUCUGGGAGAUUAAGGAAAUCAUCCCCUUCGGCAACAACCCCGUGUUCCGGUACCUGUUUGGCUGGAUGACUCCGCCGAAGGUGUCGCUGCUCAAGCUCACCCAGACGCAGGCCGUCAAGAAGCUGUACGAGAGGAACCACAUCAUCCAGGACAUGCUGGUGCCCAUCGAAAAGUUCAAGGAGUCGGUGCUGUUCUUCGAUGAGGAAGUGGCGGUGUACCCGCUGUGGCUCUGUCCGUUCCGACUGCCAAGCGAGCCCGGCAUGCUCCGCGUUGACAAGGACUCCAUGUACAUCGACAUCGGAGUCUACGGCGUGCCCACGCGCAAGGACUUUGACCCCAAGGAGACGACUCGUCGCAUAGAGGCCUUCGUCAGCAAGGCCAAGGGGUUCCAAAUGUUGUACGCGGACACCUACACCACGAGGGAGGAGUUCAGGAAGAUGUUCGACCACUCGCUCUACGACAAGAUGCGGUCGCGCCUGAAGUGCGACAAGGCCUUCCCCGAGGUGUAUGAGAAGGUGUGCCGGAAGGCGAGAGACUGAUCACCUAAUUAUAGUUUGAAUGAAUGUGUAAAUUAUAAUACAAUUUAAGUGUCUGACGUCUA